AUGGCGCUACCGUUCGUAUCCCUCCUCUACUACCACUCCCUGUGGCUCACGGUCUUCUCAGCCGAUGCCGAGGAUCUUCCGAACGCCGCUGCCUCUAGACGGAUUCUGGAACGAAAUAUGGCUGGUGGAAUUACCGACACACCCGUUCAGAUUGCUGCUUUCAAAACUUUGCCAGCGAGGGACACCCAUGCAGCAGAGGUCACAGGAGUAACAGAAACCGAAGGAAAAACAGAAGCCACAUGGAAAACGGAAGUCACAGAGGAGACAGAUUACACAGGAGAAAUAAAGAUCAAAGAAAAAACGGAAGGCAUAGGAGAAACAGGAAAAGCAGUAGCCACAUUAGAAACAGAAACUUCGGGACAAACAGAAGCCACAGGAGAAACAGGAACUUCAGGAGAAACAGAAGUUAAAGGAGAAACAGAAGCUUCGGGACAAACAGAAGCCACAGGAGAAACAGGAACUUCAGGAGAAACAAAAACUUCAGGAGAAACAGAAGUUUCAGAGGAAACAGAAACCACAGGUGAAACAGAAACUUCAGGACAAUCAGAAACCACAGGGAAAACAGAAGCCACAGAGGAAACAGAAACCACAGGAGAAACGGAAACUUCAGGAGAAGCAAAAACCCGAGAAGAAACAGGGUCCUACAGAAUACCUAUUAACGCGAUCCUGAACACAAGCCCGGGUUACGUGCCACAUUCUCAACAACAACACAGUCCAGGAGAUGGAAAUCGCAGAAUGGAGAGUUGUGUUGAUAUCGCUCCUGAAGCAAGGGACUCCAGUGUUAAUCUUACUAAUGACGUCCCUUUUCUCAAAGCUAAAAUUGCAACAGUGUAUGAAAGAGAACUUGCCGAAGAGCAGGUCAGCACUAACAGAAAUUGGGCGUCAGAUAUCGUACCAUCAGCCAGUACUAACGAGGCUCACUGGAAUAUUUCUGUGAGAUACUCCGGUACCCUGGUUCCCACAGACGAAUCUGUUCCGGUCUCUCCAUCAUAUGUGACUCCUGCUCCUGUGACACCUCCUCUGUCUUCCAUAGGAAGUCCUGUUCACAUCCAUCCUCCUUUUACUCUCGCAGAAGGUUAUGUCCCUGUCUCUCCUCCUCCUCCUUCUCCUCCGACUUCCACAGAAGUUCCAGUCCUUGUUUCUUCCCCACUAAAUGUCACAGAGGAUCCUGUUCCCACAGAAGAUCCUGUCCCCGUUUCUCCUUUCACUCCCACAGAGAAUCCAGUCCCUGUUUCUUCUCCACUAAUCCCAACCUGUCCCACAGAUUCUGUCACUGUGUCUUCUCCCCUGAAUCUCACAGAAGAUCUUGUCCCUGUCUCUCUUCCUCUGAUUCCCACAGAAGAUGUCGUUUCUGUCUCUCUGAAGGUCACAGAGGAGCCCCUUCCUGUCUCUCCUCUGAUUUCCACAAGUUGCCUUUUCCCUGUGUCCUCCUAUCCGACGCCAACAUACGAUCCCUUCCCCGUCUCUCCUGUGACGCCCACAGAAGAGCUUGUCCCUGAUUCUUACUCUCCCACAGAUGAUUCCGUCCCUGUCUCUUCCUUUCUGACUCCCACAGAUGAUUCUUUCUUUGUCUCAUCUCCUGCGACUCCCAUAGAUGUUACUGUACUUGGCUCUCCUCAUCUGUUUCCCACAGAAGAUCUUGUUUUCGACUCUCAUCUGUUUCCCACAGAAGAUCUUGUUUUCGACUCUCAUUUCACUUCCACAGACGUCUCUUCUUCUCUAGCAGCUAUAGAUGCUAAAGUCCCUGCCUCUCCUUUGAUCCCCACAGAUUAUCAUACCCCGAAUCUCCUGUCUCUUUCCCUCUAA